GUACGAUUUUCAUCGAAAGUGUCAUCGCCACACUACAACCCUAGAGGAUAUGGAGCUAUGAGCUUGAGUUUCCGAUGGGUCACGGAACUAGGCAAUACUUUGGCGCCUCUGCCUACUCCGGUUCUCUUUCUUGACCAGAAAUGGGGAUCAGGGCUCAUUUUCUGUCCCUCGUAGCAGUUAUAAGAAUACGAAGGAUCGUCCCCUUAGACUAACGAGGAUAAUGUACUUUGUCUUUCAUUUUUUUAAAGACUUUCCUCUUCAGGCCGCAUCGAGGAGUUGAAAGAAAGUAACGGAGUACGAAGUGAAAUGAGGCGAGGUUUCAAUUUUACUUGAAGUUCAGAGAGUUAGGAAUUUUCGUGCUUGAAUGUGAAGAGAGAUUCAAGCGUCUAAACCAUAGGAGAACCUGAGGACCUUCCAAUGUCGAGUCUGAUUUGAGAAAUUUCUCAGAGGAGAGUUGUCCGUAGAAGAGAAAGUAGCACAGCGUGAAGACAUAUGAUUAACUAAGAAAUACCUUUUCACGCUUACUUGACUGCACUGAGACUGACAAAUCCAGGGACACAGGCGGAUAAAUAUGAUCAAGCGAAUCGAAAAACGGAGACAGAAAAAACGAUUUCAUAGGAAUAUAUCUCACAUGUCAGAAAAAGUCUCAAUCCGAGGUUCACACGUGGACUCCUCGUGGAUUCCGAGCCUAUUUUGAUUUGAGCCUAAAAAAGCUUGAAUGUAAGAAGCAUGUGACCACGAGCGUGAUCUGCUGAACCUGGUGACACUCAAACAUUCAGCCUCCCCGAGAACAGAGUGAAAAAAUACCAGAACUUACGUCUGACUCGCCUCCACUCCACGGCAGAAAGAAUGAAUUGUGAAGCAGCUCGGGCUGGUCGUCGAAAAACUGCGACAAGCGCCAAUCCUCGGUCUCCAAACCUCAAUGACAGAGUGCAAUCUGUUGCUCUCGACGUCCGAGCACGGGGAGAUUCAAGACGCCCCGGUUUGACUCGAGCGAGCUGCAAAGAACAUGGACACGGGAGCGAGGAUCGCAAACUCUCGGUGAGCAGAGCAGAGUGCACAUUGCGAAUGCGACACACGAGAUCGACGUCCAUCGACGAGGAUCAGGAGGAUCGUUCUUCCACGAGCCGAAAAGAGGCGAAAAUAGACGAAAAGAAGAAGUUCGUGCUUUUCGAGCACAUUUAUUCGGCAGAGUAUCGUCCAUGUGAUUCUGCAUGCCGCAAAAUGAUUGACCUCGACCUCUGGAUCGGUCAACGUCUGAAGUGACCGCCGUAAGCAAGUGAGAGUACGUGGUCACUUCGACGGACGGAGUUUAGGGCUGCCAUCGGAUUGGACCGAGUCGACCCAUUUCCCCCGACAUAAUGGUCGUCGCCAUCCCGACCACGUCCAGUUUCCGACUCGGUUAUGCCGAUCGUGAACUACGUAUGCGUGCGCUGGUGAGGUUGGAAUUAUUACUUUCCUGCAGUCGAACGUACGUACGAACGGCCCCAGAGUCCACGGGUUUCGGGUUCCCAGUCGAAAACUCUCAGAACCGACGAUAUAGUCAGAGAAAUCGAACACGCAUAGAUUUUUUUUCUCGAACUUACAUUUUGUGGUACGAAACAGGAGUCCACUAGGAUACCGAAAUAAGGUUAUCAAAAUU